CCUAGGUUCCAAGGUUCCUUUAAGGUUUUAUCCCUUAUCCAAUAUCUGUAGCUCACUUCCAAGGUUCAAUGUUACCUCUAUUCUUUUUCACCACCACCUGGCAAUGAACAACAUUCCUUCACCUAGCGUUAGUCUGCAGAACCGGGGAAGCGUUUCCCCAGAUCAACGCCAAGUUGAGAAUAUCCAGACGAAGGCUAACCCGCCUAGUCUAGACCCCAUACCCCAGAAUACACAUGCGCGGAGGAGUGCACUACCCCAGGUAGACAUAUGCCGAAAGCCUAUACCCGGAUUCCUGGUAGUGGAUAGAUAAUUGCACGACUCCCGAUUGGAAGAGGUUGCUGAAAUAAGCUAGUCCCCGAGCUGGUGAAAGGAGAUGGAGUAUCUAGGCACCGACUAGACUGUCUGGGAGAAUGCGAUUGUUUCUAGUUCAGCCUUAGGUCAUAUUGAUAUUACCGAAGACCCGGGGUAGUGAGAUGCGGAAACGAAAACGAGCCAUCGAUUAGGGCGGUUCAAAUAGGCGUCAGGUUUCUGGUAGAAUCUUGAGAGCCUACUAGGUAGGUAUCUAUUCAUUUACCAAAUCUCAUUUUCACCUAUGGUCUAUGACAUAUGACAUAUGACGAGCGACGAUGGCUGGGUCUUGGUUCUCCUUGGGUGUGAACUUUUCGGCACUUAUCAGGAGUGUCGAUUCAGCACCGCCGUUCCUUGUAGAACGAACAUGGAACGGUAGCCAGUAUGGAUGCAAAUGUUACCCGGGUGACGAAUGCUGGCCGAGCAAAGACAACUGGGCUGCAUUGAACUCAACAGUGGACGGCAACUUACUCAUGAAUAUUCCACCCGGUGCAUCUUGCCAUAAUACAUUUGAAGGUCCCCUUGGUCAAAUCUCAACUUACAAUGCUUCUGCUUGUGAAAAUGCGUUGGCUAUGUGGUCUAACGAGCAAUGGACUGUCGAGAAACCCGCUGCAGCAUUAUGGACAUAUUUCACAAACAACACUUGCCAGCCAACAAGGAAUCCUACCGAAUCUUGCACACUGGGUUAUUAUGGUAUCUAUGUGAUUCAGGCCCAGUCUGGGGAUCAUAUCAAGGCGGCUGUGGAUUUCGCGAGGGAAAAUAGUUUGCGCCUCAUCAUUCGAAAUACCGGCCAUGACUUUAUUGGACGCAGCACGGGAUGGGGCUCGUUGGUGGUCAACACACACAAUUUGCAAGAUGUCAAGUUCACUAGAAGAUACCGAGGGCCUGGUGAUUAUGACGGAGGUGCCGUAACGAUAGGUGCCGGAGUCCAAGCUCGAGCACUACUGACUAAAGCUCACGCUCAAAAGCCGCCUGUGACGGUCAUAACUGGAGAAUGUCCGACCGUCGGAGUGGCUGGCGGACUUGUUCUAGGUGGCGGCCAUGGACCCCUGACGCCAUUGUACGGACUGGUUGCUGAUAGCGCCCUAUCAUUUGACGUGGUUACCGCAGAUGGUAAAUACAGGACAGCAAAUUCUGAGGAAAAUCCCGACCUAUUCUGGGCGUUGAAGGGAGGAGGACCAUCCUCGUUUGGUGUCGUAAUCUCCGUAACGCUCAAAACGUAUGCAGCGCAAAAAUCGGCCGGAGUCAUUGUCAAUAUCAACUCGACACAUACUAAUGACACCGAAGUCUUCUGGGAUGGCGUCAAGUCGUUCCAUAAAUAUUCGAACGAGUUUGUCGCGGCUGGUAUUUAUGCCUAUUUCGAACUUAUGGCACUACGCCUACAUAUACAGCCUUUCGUAGGUGUCGGGAAGACUUCUGCAGAAAUGGAGGCUAUUCUAAAGCCCAUGUUCGACGAGUUCAAGGCGAAGAAUAUACCGUACGACACAACUAGUAAGGAAUUCGAUUCGUUGUUUGAGCUGUAUAUCGACAUGUUUGAAGACGAAACCGCAGGCACGUCUGCACUCACAGGUGGCUGGCUGUUUACUCAUGAUGAUGUCGAAGAGAAUAACGAUGGGAUAAUCGAUGCCUUUAAGACAGUAGUAUCUCCGCGAGAAGACUUGAAAAAUCAGGGGUUCAUUAUCGGCCAUCUUUGGGAUGCUGGUCUGAAUAUGCCCAUCCCGAAUAGUGCGACUAAUCCCAAGAUGAGAAGGUCUACUGACUUUGCCAUCGUUGCACUCCCGGUCCCCGUAGGCGCAAGUUGGGCUCAGAAGGAGGAUCUUCAAGAUGUUCUUACUAAUAUCCAGGACGGCGCGAUGAAGAAGGCAGGUCCAAAUGGGUGUGCUUAUGUGAGCGAGGGAAACCCGUAUCAACCGAAUUGGCAAGAACAUUUCUGGGGCUCGCAAUAUCCCCAGUUGUUGGAACUCCGUAAGAAGUGGGAUCCUCAUGGAAUUUUCUAUGCUGUCUCGACGCCGGGAACUGAAGAUUGGGAGGUCAUCGAAUAUGGAACAAGGCUAUGUCGAAAAUAUGAAAGUUGAUCCCGACGGGUUGGUGUAGGUGAACGGAAGAGUGGCGGAAGAGUGGCGGAAGUAAUGCAACUGUCCAAUAUCCUACCUGGAAUCAUCGAUCCAUGAUAUUGGCAUGGAUAGAAUUAUGUCAAGAAUAGAUGCACAGAGUAGGUAGAUAGAUGUUCAUGGGAAGUUGAAGUCGUUUGGUAACUUUCCAAGGUUAUUAGUUGAAAUGAAAUGAAAUGGUUCAGC